AGCGGCAGAAGCUUCGAUUCUCGAUGACGAGACUUACGCGCUUGACCUUCUUCCUGCAAUAGUGCCCACGUUGCGCCCGGAGCUUGCUCGUUUCCCUGAUCAUUUAUAAGAGAUAAGAAGAUGCAUGCCGUGGAUUUUUUACGCGCGAACCCCAUUUUCUGCGUCUCGACCAGAUGCAGGCGGUGUAUUCGGCCAACAGUAUCAUAGCGGCAAGGAGUUUGCAGGUCUACACAUACCUAUACACGUCAAUGGCUACAUUCUGGAUCUACGAUUAUGCUUGUUCGUUUCAUCAGGAGUGGACGUUCCUGUUUCGGUCACGCUGGUCCAAGGUAAAAGGCCUUUAUCUCGUCGCACGAUACGUGCCUUUUCUCCUCUUAGCCGGACAUUUAUAUAUGAACUUCAUCCCAAAUGAGAACUCUGAUAAAUGCCAGUUGUUGAACAAUAUUUGCUCAUGUUUCAGCCUGAUAUCAGUCUUUUGUUCUGAAUGCUUUUUUGUCCUCAGGACAUAUACGCUCUGGAACAACAACAAAAUUGUGCUCGCCACCAUGAUCACUACCUUCUUUGCUGUUGUCGUAUCAUCUAUAAGCUAUGCUUUCGCCACUACUGCUACUGCACCAUGGACGACCAGCGGAAUCCCGGGCAUCACAGGCUGCUACCAGAGCUCGUCUGUCGUCCAGCUCUUCAUACCAUUUCUGCUCUUAAUUGGGCUUGAAUUUGGUCUCUUGUCCCUCACGCUCAUACGCGCUAUACAGAGCUGGCGGUCAAGCAAUAGCCGUAUCUACGCCGUCCUGGUGAAGCAUAACAUAUUCUACUAUGCAUGCGGUCUGUUUUUCUCGGGGGUAAAUGUCCUUACGUUGCUGCUCUUCCAUUACGGAUAUCAAUCCAUGUUCCAAGAUUUCCAAUUCGUCAUUCUCGCGAUCCUUGCCACGCGCAUGCACCUCCACCUGUGGCAUACCGACCGACAUGCACAUGGCUCUAGCGCCUUCGUGUGCAUUCCUAUGUCUGACAUUUCAUCCGCGGGCAGUCCGACGUGAUGUUCGGCGUCGUUCAAACGUGUAUGGAGUGGUGCUUGAACUGUACGAGGUCAGCAGAACUGAGCUUAGUCAGAUCUGGGAUCCGCGCGCUUAAAAAUGCAGUUUCUGUUGUGGGCGGGAGCUGCAAUGGACUUCAAGUGGAUUUGUUAAUAGAUAUCGAGCUUCCACUGCUUGCAGUGGUAGAUAAAUGUAUUCAGAUCAAGAUUUUGGGUGUGCUGAAGUCAGAACUUGAAGCACUCCAAACUCGAGCAUUCGAGAGGGCGAUGGAUGUUUUACACUUGACCCGUGAC